AUGUAUCCUAAAUAUCCGUCAUUAAAUACGAAUUAUAAUAAUAAUAGAAAUGAAAAUCGGAAUUAUUUCACUACUAGUGAACAACGUAUGCCUGCUUUUCAACAAUUUAUUCGUCGUUACGAAAUUAAUCCAACAUUUGCUAAAAAAUUACUCGCAUUGGAUGGUUAUGAAAUUGUAUUUAUUUGUGAUGAUUCUGGUUCAAUGAAUACUCCACUUGGUGAUGUUUAUGGUCCUUAUAAAAAUGCAGCUACUCGUUGGGCUGAACUCAAGCAAACAGUUUCCAUAAUUGUAGACCUAGCCUGUUUGCUUGAUCCGAAUGGUGUUGAUAUUUAUUUUCUUAAUCGUGAUCCAAUUUUUAAUAGUAAACAAAAAGAAAUUCAAGAACGUAAUUUACUCAUCUUGAUUGCAACUGAUGGAACACCAACGAAUGAUGAAGGCUACCAAGAUAGUUUAUCUCUAGAAAAUGUUUUGAAAAAUGAGCGGCACCCAACAAGUCGUAUACCGGUAUCCAUUAUUGCUUGUACAGAUGAUGAACAAGAUAUGGACUAUUUAAAUGAAUGGGAUACGAGCAUUCCUAAUCUUGAUGUUGCCGAUGAUUAUCGAAGUGAAAAAAGACAAAUUUUAAAAUGUCAAGGUACUGAUUUUCCAUUUAGUUUCGGUGAUUAUAUUGUUAAAAUUCUACUGGGUGCCAUAGAUCAAACGAUUGACGAAUGGGAUGAAAAGAAAAUUACACCACAUGAUAAUAGACGGCAGCGACCACCUUAUGGCAAAUCCUAA